UCUGUGAUUCUGCUGCUGCUUUGUUCCUUCAGUUUUUCCUUUGUUCUUAUAUUCCACAUAUGAGUGAAAUCAUUUGGUACUUGUCUUGCUCUGCCUGGCUUAUUUCACUGAGCAUAAUACCCUCUAGCUCCAUCCAUGCUGUUGCAAAUGGUAGGGUUUGUUUUCUUCUUAUGGCUGAAUAAUAUUCCAUUGUGUAUAUGUACCACCUCUUUAUCCAUUCAUCUACUGAUGGACUUAGGUUGCUUCCAUUUCUUGGCUAUUGUAAAUAGUGUGGGCAGAGCUCUUUUUAUAGAGUCAACAGCCAUGUAUUGCCGACAGGUGUGCAGUGAGCUAGUCAACCACGGCCAGGUGAGAAUCCUGGCCACAGGAACUCUCAUUUUAUCCACAGCAAUAAACCUUUAAACCUCUUUACCCAUUCCCUUGGGUCCUCUAGAUAAUGCAGAGAUGGGAAUGGCUUUGCUGGUCCCAUUGCAUAGAAGAGGAAACUGGGCUUGAAAAAAGUUAAAGAUCCCUCUUAGAUAACCUGAAAAGUCACGUAGUGUGCUAUUCCCAGACGUCAGGCCAAAUUAGUCCAGGACAAAAAUAAAUGGCAUGUGCUUCCCCAUUCCUUUUCAUCCCAUUUGGGUUUAGUUGUUUUGAGUGGGUACAACAGGGUUGGGUGUGUGUGCACCCAGGUGUGAUUGCUGUGUCUGCCCCAGGUGUAAAUGGCCUGGGAGGUAGGAUGGGAAGGGGGUGAGUGCAGUGCAGGUAGAUAGGAGAGACCCAGGGUGGAAAACUGAGAGCUCAGUACAAAGUCAUGUUUAGAAUGCACGUAGAAGUGUGAGGUUGCCAAAAACUCCUCAAAUUUUGCCUCUGUCUUUAGGAACUGUGAGGGAGAGGGGAGCCAGUCUGGCAUCUGUUGCCUGUGCCUCCCUGAGAGCUCCGAGCCUUUCCAUGGUGUCUUGCCUGAGGGUUUCAGCCCUGCGCAAGUUCCCUAUGGAUUCAAGAGACCAAGAAGUGACAACAGAACAUUUUUGGGAUGUGGAGGUGAAUGGACAGAACUGGACCUUCGCUUUUGAUUUCUCCUUCCUGAGUCAAGCAGAGGACCUGGUAUGGGCUGAGCUGCGGCUGCAGCUGUCCAGCACUGUGGACCAUCCCCCUGAGCUCCCACUGUCCAUUGAGAUUUUCCACCAGCUGAAAAUGGAUGCAGAGCAGGACCCAGCCAACUGCCUGGAGCAUCUUCAGAUGGACCUGUUCACUGUCUCUCCAUCCCAGGUUACCUUUUCCUUGGGAAGCAUGGUCCUGGAAGUGACCAAGCCACUCUCCAAGUGGCUAGAGCACCCUGGGGAGCUGGAAGAGCAGAUGUCCAGUCUGGCUGGAGAGUGCCGGCAGCAGCCUCCCACACCCCCUGUCAUCAAUGUGCUCCUUGUGCUCUACUCCAAUCUGUCCCCAGAGCAGAGGCGGCUGAGCAGCAGCACCUUGCUGUGGGAAGCUGAGAGCUCCUGGAGGGCCCAAGAGGGCCAGCUCUCUCAGGAGAGGGCCAGGAGGCUCCGUCGUCAUCACCUGCCAGACAGAAGCCAACUGUGUCGGAAGGUCAAGUUCCAGGUGGACUUCAACCUGAUUGGAUGGGGCUCCUGGAUCAUCUAUCCCAAACAGUACAAUGCCUAUCGUUGUGAGGGCGAAUGUCCAAACCCUGUCGGGGAGGAGUUCCAUCCAACCAACCAUGCAUACAUCCAGAGUCUGCUGAAGCGAUACCAACCCCACCGAGUGCCUUCCACUUGCUGUGCCCCAGUGAAGACCAAGCCAUUGAGCAUGCUCUAUGUGGACAAUGGUAGAGUCCUUCUAGAGCAUCAUAAAGACAUGAUUGUGGAAGAAUGUGGGUGCCUUUGAAAAGAUCCUGGAGGGGUGCUGGAUUUGCCUGUACUCUGGAAGUUUGGGAAGCUCCUGGAAGACACAGUAACCAUCAAAUCCACUGAGGAGAAACAGAGGGAGAAAAGUUGCUCUGUCCACCAGAUCUGAGGAGGAAGGGCUGCCCUCUCUGUAAAUGAAGACUGUGGAGUCUGACUAAACAGAGGCCACUGUCAAGAGAGGGAAGAGCAAGCCUGUGAAGCGGACUUGUUGGAUUUUUCUGUUUGCUGAAAAGAUAGUGGCAAGUAAAAGCACUAGUCUGAGUUCUUUACCUGAUUUUUUAAAUCUGGUGAACCCCAAAAAAUUGUAUGCAGAAGUUGGGGUAUAAUGCACAUUUAUCUUUAAAGUGGGACAAGGUUAUCUAUAACUUUUAUGUAUUCUCAAAAGUGGUCUUUGACCCCCACCCCCCAAGAUUAAGGAUAACUGUUAAAUUAUAAAUGGUCAGCGUAUAGUUUAUAAUUGCCUGAGGCUGGUUUAGAGGGGCCCCCACAUCCUUCUGGCUGGCCAGUGGCAAUCUGUUGGCCUUGUCCAGAGGCUCCUUGGAGUGAGUCUCUUCUAAUGAGUUGUACAAACAGCAAAACCAUUGUAAAGCCCUGCAAGGCCAGCUGGUGCCUUUGAAGGGAGAGGCGGGAACUCGUCCAAGAGAACUGGCCACGUUGGACUACAGAAGCUGCAGUGCUCAGCCAUCCCUGCAUCAGCCUGCUCUGGCAGACACAAUCCGAGUUUAUUAAAGUUGGUGACAGUUUGCUUCAGUCACUCAUUGAAUGCUAUUAAUGAGGCCCUAAGCUUCCUAACCAGCAGGGAUUGAAGGCCCUGCCCUGAUACUUGGGUAUGGUCACAGCUUAGCCACUGAGAAGUUGCAUGACCUCAGGUGAGUAAUUCCCUGCUCAGCCGCCUCCUCAUGUAAAAGGGAAGUGGGUGAACCCUAAUGCAUUCCUGUUAAAUACCUGUUGGCAGGUGCAAAAGCCUGAGUUUUAAGCCAUAAGACUAUCCUCUGAGCCUCAUUCCUAUCCCCCUCUAAAGCUUAUGAAGCCUGUUAAACCCAGGUCCUGCCAGAACUCCAUUAUUCACCCUUUUUCAGCUCUCUUGUUGCUCAGGUUUCUAGGACUGGCUUAAUUACAGGUUCCACAUGACGGCACAGCAAAGAGAACCCAAGCUUAUAGGAAGCUGCCACCAAGCUGAGCACAGGUCUUUGCCUUUUGAAUGAAAAGGCCCCAAAGGCAGCAAGCCUGCUCUCAGAUGACUUUGUUGAGCACCGCCAAAACAGGCUAUUUCUGUUUGUUUGCCAGGGUGAGGUGGCCGUUAUAUUAGGAAGAGUCCACAAUAGAUCUACCCCUGCUUUUCAAGAAGCCUGUUGACUUGAGCCCCUGCCUUAGGAAAAUGAUUCCAAUCAUGUGGGAAUCCCUACUGAGCUUAGACAAAACUCACCUGCAGCCUUGGUUAAGUAAGGGUAGUAAUCCUGGCCCAGGCAGGGGUUGGAUAGGCUAGAGCCAGGCCAUGAGAAACCUCAGUGCCCUGAUUCAGCAGCAAAGCUGAUCCAGCUGCUCCUUUCCGGGAAUGGAAAUAACCCUGCCCUAACCACAAUUCAGAAUCACAAUGGGAUUCUGUAGCCGACCCUACUUAGAAAACAGAGCUGGGGAGGCCUUGUGAGGUCAGCUUUUGUCCCAUCCUCUGUCCUAAAUGAGACCCCAGAGGCCUAGUGGCCUGACCACCCAGCUAGGUGUGGCAGGGUCAAGAGCUCAGCUCUGUUCUCAAGCCACAGGGGCAUUGUCCUUAAUAGCAUCUAGAGGUUUUUCCUCCCCUAGCUUUAGGUCAAGGUCUUAGCCUUUGGAACCAAACAUUUGGACCCAAGCCCACUACCAAACUGAAGGUCUUGGGAGUGAAUAUCCUGGUCCUGGAGCUGAAGAGCAUCUUUACUAAGUAGGUGCUCACUAGUUCUGUGGCCAGGGCCAGGAAAGCGAAAGGUCAAGCUAUUUGUGGCUACAGCUUGUGGGAGUAUUUACAGUUAGCAGCUUUACUGACUCAGAGUACAAACCUCAUUGACAAGGCAUUGCCUUCUAGUAAGAUGCAGGCCCACAGGAGGGAAAUUCCAUUUUGCUGACCCCUGCUGAACGCUCUGGUCAUUCUGCUGCUUGGCCAGGGGUAUUCGGGGCCAAGCCUAGCAACACAGGUCCGUACUGUAGACACUGUGUUCUAGGAAAAGCGUUUAAGUCUGGGAAGAGCGUUGUAAGUCAGAGGAAAUACUGCCUCUGAGAACUGAGUCCUGCCCUAACCUGUGGGCCAGGAAGGGGCUUUCAUAGAAGUCAGUUAACUUCCUCUCAAGGUAAGGUCUGCUGCCAAGUCAGUAGCUGAGUGGAAAAACAUGGAUGCAUUACUUUCCCUGGAUGGGGAAGCGGUGGGCCUAGCAGUGGGUAGGAGUGGAAAAAAGUCCAUGCAUGAGAGCAGCAGAAAUACGGGAUAUACAAGAGAUGGGAACAGCCUCUCAUAGCACUAGUCAGGGUUUACCUCCACCUUGUAAAGCCUCCACUUUUAUUAGCAUUAAUUAAAGCCCUGAUCCCUCUAUCCUAAGUUGCCAAGUUAACAUACUACUUGCCUUUGGGGCAGAGUAAAGGAUAUAUGAAAGAUCUUU